GGUCCUGCCAUUCCUUCUUCUACAACCACAUCCUCCAUAUAGUGAGGCGCCUUCCAUUCAAAACGCGAGUCGUCCAUCUUGUUUCUCUCUUCCAGGACGUUUUUGGGACUCUCAGAACUCCAAGUCUCUCUUGUUGGGCUCCCCGGGCAGCCCCGUAACCAAGAUGGUGGCUGUGGGCGGGAAGCUCUGGUGUGGAUGCCAGAACCGAAUCGUGAUCCUCAAGACUUCUACGCUGCUUCAGGAGCACACAUUCCUGGUCGGGCAAGACAGCCACCGUAGCGUGACCUGUUUAGUGACCUCUAGCGUCGGGAUUUGGGUGACCCUCCAGGGCAGCGCCCAGGUCAGACUUUAUCACCCUGCCAGCUAUGACCAGCUGGCUGAAGUGGACGUCACCCCUCCGGUCCAUAAGAUGCUGGCAG